CUUGAACAUCUGCAAUCUAGAAACCAAGCCAUCUAUCUCGUCUUGACACCUCUUUCAACUCCCCAAGUCUCUUUAUCCGAAUCCUCUUCAUCUUUCCGAGUCUCUCAACUCUUCGACAUUUACAACCAAAAAAGCAAAUCAACUCAAAAUGUUCGGUCGCUCUCGUUUCACGUACUUCGUUUCUUUCCUGGCGCUACUAGGCCCUGCUCUGGCUGCCAAUCUCUAUCGCAUGGAUUAUCGCACGCCUGCGGAGAUCAAAGCUGCUGGAGGCAUCAUGAGCCGGGACCCUGAUGGAGACGGCUCCGUCAUUGACCAUGUCAAGGCAACCUUGGGAGACAAGGAUCCAUGGGUGUCGACCACGAGCGAUAAGAAACUAGCUCAAGCAGGUGCCAAAUCCCCUGGCAACGUCUACGUUUACUACAUCAACCCAUCGGGCCUCAAUGUUGUUGAUACUGUUAAAGAGUUCAAGAAGGCAAAACAAGAACACCCUCAUCCUGGGGAGAAGGAAUUUACAGUAAAGUCCUCUAUCCCUUGGAACAACGUCGUCCAAUGGGACACAUUUAAAAUGGGGAAGAAGACCGGGACCACGACCAGGGAGGAAUAUGAGCACAGUGCUGGGGCAUCGUCGCCAAAGAAAGGUGGACGAUCAUUCAUCGCUUGAAAUUAGCUAUCGUUUUGAUUACAGCGAGCAAGCGCCUGGGCUGCCUGUCCUAGGAUGCCUACCCCACAACGCUGGAUGUUUUACUCUAGAUACCAAGGACACAUCGGUAGACCUGAGGGCGGAUAGGGUUGAUACGGAACAGGAGUGGAGAGUGUACGCCGAAUGGAUCUUUGUAUGGUUAUAGUCAAGAAUGCACGUGUGUGUAGGGUAGGGUUGGGCUAUAGCGAAGGGCCAAAAGUCUGCGCAUGGGUUUUGUCUGGAAUGUAAAGGGUAAACAAAUUGAGAUCAUCAUCAUCA